UAGAACAUAAAUUUAACUUCUAAGGCAAACUGCAAACCUUCCACAAAGGAUGACAUUCUUCACUACUUUUUCUGUCGGCCAAUUCAGCAGGGGCGGGCCUGCCCCUUUAAUUUGGGCCCCACCUGCUCUGGUCAGACAGGUUUGGAGACACAGGUAGAGGGAGUCAGCCAGAGAGAAACACUUGCAGAGCCAGCAGGGAGCUAGGCAGCUCCUUCCUGGAUGCUGGGAAUCCUUCACCUCUCUCCAGAUGAAAAGUCCCAGAAGGGCCGGAGCCCUCCAGCCCAUCGGCCCUGGAGAGUCUCCCUCCAUGAACUGUUCAAAAGGCCAGAAGACAGGGGCUUCUGACAGAGCUUUCCUCUGCUCCUUCCAGGAUGACAUGACCUUGCGGUGGACCCCAGGACUGGUACCCCAGGAUGACAGAACCUGAGACCUUGGCCCUUUUGGAAGUGAAGGGGCCUAAAACCCCAGAGAAGAGCUCUCCUCAGACUCUUCUCCUCAGUGGCCAGCAGUCAGAAGGGGAAGGUGGAACUGAGUCCCCUGGUGUUGAGUCCCUCAGAGUGGGGUCUUCAGUUGGGUCUCCCAUUGGCAGAGAGGGGACUGAGGAUGGGCUAGACAGCACAGUAAGUGAGGCUGCCACUUUGCCCUGGGGGACUGAUCCCCAGCCCAGUGCCCCAUUCCCUGACCCCCCUGGCUGGCGGGACAUUGAGCCAGACCCUCUUGAGUCGGAAGCACUCACCAAACCAGAGGAGCUGCCUGAAGAUGACAGUAACUUGCUGCCUGAAAAGGCAGCCCGGGCCAUUGUGCCCAUUGACCUACAGUGCAUUGAGCGAAAGCCCCAGGAGGACCUCAUUGUGCACUUUGAGGCAGGGGAGACUGAGCACAGAAACUUCCUGCCCCCUCGUGCCACCCAUCCUGAGCCCCCUGAGUGCAAGUGGGCCGAGGCAGUCAUGAGGCCAACAGGCCGGUCCUGCAGAGGCUGCGGAAGUUGUGGAGGCCGAGAGGGGAUAAGGGCUGUGGCCUCAGUGGGAGCUGCUCUCAUCCUCUUCCCCUGCCUACUCUACGGAGCAUAUGCCUUCCUGCCUUUUGAUGCCCCACGGCUGCCCACCAUGAGCUCUCGCCUGGUCUACACUCUGCGUUGUGGGGUCUUUGCUACCCUCCCCAUUGUACUGGGACUCUUGGUGUAUGGCCUGAGCCUGCUGUGCUUUUCUGCCCUACGCCCCUUUGGAGAGCCAAGGCGGGAGGUAGAGAUCCACCGGCAGUAUGUGGCCCAGUCUGUCCAGCUCUUCAUCCUCUACUUCUUCAACCUGGCUGUGCUUUCCACCUACCUGCCUCAGGACACCCUCAAGUUGCUCCCCCUGCUCACAGGGAUGUUUGCCAUCUCCAGGUUGAUAUACUGGCUGUCCUUCGCUGUGGGCCGCUCCUUUCGAGGCUUUGGCUAUGGCUUGACAUUCCUGCCGUUGCUGGCCAUGCUGGUGUGGAACCUCUACUACAUGUUCGUGGUGGAACCUGAGCGCAUGCUCACAGCCUCUGAGAGCCGCCUGGACUAUCCGGACCAUGUCCGCUCCGCGUCAGACUACUGGCCACGACCCUGGGGCUGAGCAGCUCUGACCCAGACACACCUUUCUCUACCCAGCUGCAGGUCUUGGCUAUGCCCCUAGCCAGAGGACCUUGGUGACAGGAACCUUGCUGCCCCAUAGGGUUCUGUGCAAUCAGAGACUGCACCCACCUUGGCUAUCUUUUUGCUUGGGGAGUCUGUGACAGGUAUAAGGGAGGGGCUUUUUUUUGGGGGGGGAUAGGAUUUCAAUAUGCAAUUGAGGCUGGCCUUGAAUUCUCAGAGGUCCUCCUGCCUCAGCCUCCCAAGUGCUGGGAUUACAGCUGUGUACUACCAUAGUUGGUGACCUUUUUUGCAGGGAAAGAUAUGGAACUCUAACGCAUACUGAGGACAAGGGACCAAGACAGAAGUAUGGCUCCUUCCUGGGCCACCUCCCACACUGCCCCCAGGGCUCUAGAUGUGGGGACUUUGCUCUUCUCCAGCUCCCUGUGACAUAUACUAGUCUCGUAUAUGUCAGUUAUGGAGACAGAGGAACUCAAGGCCAUUGGAAACACUGCUCAUGUUUGCUGAAGACCUUCCUGGGGGUCUGGGUUCAGAACAUGCCCCAGGUAGCCCUAAAGGCCCAUUAGCCUCAUUAACCUCUGAAAGCUGCCAUCUCCUUCCACCAGACCUGUGCAAGCUCCUGGGACUUCCUGGAAGUCACGUGUUUCACAGGAAGAGAAGAGUGCACAGGAAACCCUGUUUCCCAGAGCAGUGUGCAUGUGUGUACAUAUGUGUUCCUGUACAUGCAGUGCCUGGAGUGUAGGAAGGUGUGGCUGAGGCUAACCUACUUUGAGCAGAUGUAACAAUAAAUCCCCAGCAGUCUUCACUGGUUCUUUCUCCCUCUUUGCACCCCCAGCCUUUAGUGUUUCUCCUUGUCUGAUUCAGACUGCACAUGCUGGAGGGUGGCUGGCAAGAGCCUGCGCUCUAGAGGAACAGAACAAAACCCAGUGAAACGGGGCCUCCAGUAGGCCUGCCUUCCAAACCCCUCUCUUCCCCCUCCCUUUCCCUGGAACUAGCCUCACACCAACCCAACACCACUUACACACUGAGACUGAAACCUUGUGAAAAAAUAAUUCUAUUUCAUG